CAGUUCUCGCUUAAUUCAAGACUCUACAGGUCGCGCAUGUUGGCAAUCCAAAUAUUAUUUAAUUAAUUGACAUCAUGGCUAGUCUGAAGGCUCUGUUGGCCAUGUUGUUUGUGUUCAUCGGAUGCUGCAGCAAUGUUGUCUUUCUGGAAUUGAUCAUUCAGAUCGAUCCAGGUGCCGGCAAUUUGAUAACCUUUCUGCAGUUUCUGUUUAUUGCGCUAAAUGGACUGAUCUUUACAUCGAAGUUCUUUACGGUCAGUCCGAAGAUCGCUCUGAAGGAUUACGUGCUGCUCGUGGUGCUGUUCUUUGGCGCGAACGUGUGCAAUAAUUAUGCCUUCAACUUCAACAUACCCAUGCCGCUGCACAUGAUCUUCCGCAGCGGUUCGCUGAUGGCCAACAUGAUCAUGGGCAUUAUAUUGCUCAAGAAGCGCUACAAUCUCCGGCAGUACAGCUCCGUCGUGAUGAUCACGGCGGGCAUAAUACUGUGCACGCUGGUGUCCAGUGGCGAUGUCAAGGACAAGACGCAUCCGCUGGCCAAGGUGGAGACGUCCUUCUCGGAUCUGUUCUGGUGGAGCGUGGGCAUUGCUCUGCUGGCAAUUGCCCUGCUCGUCACGGCCUAUAUGGGCAUUUACCAGGAGGUCAUCUACAAGCGUUACGGCAAACACCCGAACGAGGCUCUCUUCUAUACGCACAUGCUGCCGCUGCCCGGCUUUCUCAUUAUGGCCGGCAACAUUGUCCAACACUGGAAUAUUGCCAUCGCCUCGGAGCAGGUCGCCAUCCCGUUGCUAAACAAAAUGGGCAUCACUUGGUCCUUUUCGCUGAUGCUCUUCUAUCUGCUGUGCAAUGUGAUCACCCAAUAUAUCUGCAUCAGCGCCGUUUACGUGUUGACCACGGAAUGCGCCUCCCUUAUUGUCACAAUGGUCGUUACGUUGCGCAAAUUCGUGUCUCUGAUCUUCUCCAUUCUCUAUUUUCGCAAUCCGUUCACGAUCAGCCAUUGGAUUGGCACCGUCCUCGUUUUCUUUGGAACAAUCCUGUUCGCCAACGUAUUAAUGCAGUUAAAGGAAGCGUAUCAGGCUCGCAUCCAGCGAAAUCAUGAGAAUACCCCAUUGCUUAAGGUCGCGAAUUAAAUAUAACAGCAAUUAUCUGAUGUAUAAUGUAUUACUAUUGUGAAUUGUAUGUAUAA